GCCUUUGCACUCAAAUAGAGUAAUCUCUCCUUUUCCCCUGUUUUCGCUUCCCCACCAUCUUCUUGUUUGUCACUCGCUACUCCAUCCAGCCGCGCCCACUCUAGAAGAGUAAUAACGGAUACUACUCCUACAAAAGAACAUCCCUCCACAGCAACUUCCCCGUGAAGUUCAAGAACCUCCACGCAAACAAACAAUAUUCCACCACCAUGGUCGACGUGGACCGGAGAAUGACCGGUCUAAACCCGGCCCACAUCGCCGCCCUCCGCCGCCUCUCCGCCCGUGCCGCCGCCACCACUCCGCCAACCUCCGCCGCCCGAACCGGCCUCCCCUCCCUCACCGCCCUCGCCAAAAAAAUCAUCACCCACCUAAAAGACUCCGGAAUCCAAAUCCAACCCGGCUUAUCCGACACCGAAUUCGCCCGGGCCGAGGCCGAAUUCGGCUUCGCCUUCCCCCCAGACCUCCGAGCCGUCCUCUCCGCCGGCUCCCCCGUCGGCCCUGGCUUCCCCUACUGGCGCUCCCCCUCCGGCCCCGCCCGCCUUCACCUCCGCUCGUCCGUCGACUUACCCAUCGCCGCCGUCUCUUUCCACGUCACCCGCAAUUCUUUCUGGCCCAAGUCUUUCGGGUCCAGACCCGAUAACCCCGAAAAAGCCCUCAAGAUCGCGAGAAGCGAAAUCAAACGGGCCCCACUCUUGAUUCCCAUCUUUAGCCACUGCUAUAUUCCUUGUAACCCUUCCUUGGCUGGAAACCCCAUCUUCUACAUCGACGAGAAUAUAAUCUUCUGUUGUGGCGUCGACCUGGCCGAUUUCUUUGACCGCCAAUCUUCCCUGUUUCUUCAGAAAUCACCAUCUCUGGCAUGGACGGAGGUGACCGAGAAAUUCAAGGGGUCAUCGUCAUAUUUCACAAGAAGAAGAAGCCUGGAUAAUUUUACCGGAGGUAGAACGCCGAGAUGGGUUGAGUUUUGGAGCGACGCUGCCGUCGAUCCACGGCGGCGGAGGAACUCUCACGGGUGUUACGACAUGCCCAGAUUUGAAAUCCCUCAAUGGGUGGGGAAGUAUAUAGAGCGGGUCGGGUCGGUGUUGAGGGAAGGCGGGUGGGAUCAAUUGGACAUUGACGAGAUAGUCCACGUGUCGGCGUCCGGGUUUUUCGAAGGUGAGAUGGUUUUUUUGGAUAAUCAAGCGGUUCUCGAUGCUUUGUUGUUGAAAGCGGACCGGUUUUCCGAUUCGUUGCGAAAGGCCGGGUGGAGCUCCGAGGAGGUGUCGGAUGCUUUGGGGUGCGAUUUCCGGUUGGAGAAGGAGAGGAAACCGGUUAAGAAGUUGUCGCCAGAGGUCGUUGAACGGAUUGGGAAACUGGCUCAGUCAGUUUCCCCGUCAGCGGCAGCCGGAUAAAUAUCGAGUUUUUCUUUUGAUAAGAGAGAGAGAUUUUUUCUUUUUCGUUUUGUAAGAAGUUGUUUCAUAUCGGUACUGUGAAUUAAAGGUUUAUACUCCAUUAUAAACGAAAGAAUAUACAGAGGCAUAAAUGCGUGGCAGUACACUGAAAAUUCUACUCAGUGAAUGGAUGUAAAGUGUGGACUUAGAAAACAAAAAAGUGAAGUAAAAAAAUGGAUAAUCCGUUUUGGUAAAAGAAAAAAAAUAUUUUCAACUUCAUAUGGUUCCAUAUUUGAUCCUGGGUCGUUGUGAACGUGUCGGGUGUUUGCGAUAGCUCUUUUUUAAUAUUUUAGAUGGUUGAUCGUUGAUUUUUGUUCAUAUUUUAGAUUUUAUAUAUGAAGCUAUGAAAAGUGUUUGUUGGA